UGUAAGUGUUUACGAUUGGAAGUUUGGUAACUUUUGACCCUAUGGAUGAUCGACGAUUCGACGAAGCACGAGAAUUUGGAAAGGUUUUAAACCAAAAAUGUGGUAGUUUUCUGUAAUUUUCCCUUCCGACACCUCAUCAGCAGUCGUUUCAAGUCGCCAUGGGGAUCGACCGUCUGUACUCACCGUUAUCCCACGUUUUUAUUUUUUCUUUUUUUGUUUCCGGCCUCUUUAUAAACCUUGUACAGUUUUCGCUUUAUAUUUCUCUGAGAAAUGUGAGCAAAAAUGCUUACCGAAAAAUAAACUACUACCUUGGUUAUUCCUUGUAUUCACAGCUGGUAUUUAUGGCAGAAUGGUGGUCUGGAACAGACAUUGUUUUCUACAUUGAUGAAGAUGACUACAAAAAGUAUUAUGGAAAGGAACAUGGAUUUUUAAUCAUGAAUCAUCGCUAUGACAUAGAUUGGUUGAUGGGAUGGAUAUUUUGCGAGCGUAUCAAAGUAUUAGGUAACGUGAAGGCCUUUGCAAAAAAAUCCAUCAAGUAUAUUCCGACAAUGGGUUGGACAUGGUUAUUUGGUGAAUUUGUCUUCCUUGAACGUCAGUGGGAGAAAGACAAGACUGCGAUCGGAUGACAAUUAGCCCAACUGGUCGACUACCCGGAUCCAAUUUGGUUGCUUCUGUUUGCGGAGGGCACAAGGUUUACCCCUGAGAAACAUGAAGCAAGCAAAGCCUUUGCACGUGAACAAGGUCUCUAUGAGCUCAAACACCAUCUGACGCCCCGCACGAGAGGAUUUACCGCUAGUAUGCCGCAUCUGAGAGGAAAAGUCCCUGCAAUUUAUAACGUUCAAGUUGCUUUUCGAGCGGAUGAUGAAGAUAAACCAACCAUUGGUACACUGCUAGCUGCGAAGCGCUUACAGGCGCACAUGUUCAUUGAGCGCAUCCCCCUUGAAUCUGUACCAGAAGGGGAAGAGGAACAAAAAGUGUGGUUGAGAAAUUUGUACGUGCAAAAGGACCAAAUGAUGGAAAGCUUUUUGAGAACCGGCGAUUGGUUCAAAGAAAGUGGUGUUCGACCAGUUAAAGGAUUUAACAUAAAUAGACGCCCAUAUACACUCCUUAAUGUUGUAUUUUGGAACUCCGCAAUCAACUGCCCGCUAUUGUACCUAGCCUCUAGUUGGGCCAAAAACUUCCUCGCCUCGAUAACCUUAACGAAGGCUGGAAUCUCUGUUUCUGUCUGCUUUCUUCUAUACCUAGGCUUUCAACAAGCUGCCAAGCGGUUAAUAGAUACAACCCGAUCUUGUAAGGGAUCGUCUUAUGGGAAGAAAUAGACGUUUUAUCAGUUUACCUUGUAAACAUCCGACUUGACCUUUCGAUUCACUUGGUUUUAGAUGACUGGUCAAUCGAUAAAAUAAUAGUUGUAUCUCUUUAAAAAUUGUUGUAUCCACAAUCUCAGUGAGAAAUGUUCAGUCAAAUCGGAAAACUCCGAUAUUUAAUUCAAGUUUUCCAACAGGUUACACUUUUUUUUUAUUAAUUGAUGAAAAAACUGGCACACUCGGCUACUUUUGUCUUUAACAUAAGUAGGACCCUUUUUAGUAUUUUAUUAUUAAAAUGGUGUGGGGGAGCUGUGCUAUAUUGGAAGGUUACUGGAGUCUCAAGGCAGCCAUAUCUAGUUUACUUCUCCAUCCGAUAAUUUAUCAGUUUAUUUUCUUUUUUAUUUGUAUUUUUCACCCUGUUUUUAAAUCAGUACCCAUGAAAAGAUAAAAGUCUUUCGGAAAAGUCACUUAAAUUGUGUCAAUCCUUCCGGAAUUGAAACCCACAGUAAGAAAUGUUUUUUUGAAGUACAUAGCCCUUUUCUUUAAUUCUAACCCUUUUCACGACAAGAUAUUCUGCUAUCUACUCGGAUUUAAAAGGCAAUGCCUUGAGCACCUUUCUCUCUCCUCUUGAAUUUAUAAACUGUAUUUUUUAAAAUAUCGGACUGUCCACCGAAAAAAGCACCUCAGUGUGCUAAAACUCAGAAUUGAGUAUCGGUAUCUGAGCACAGAAAGGUACUCUGUGAACCUUUUGAAACAAAAAACGUAAGACUAAACUUUAAAUAUGGUAGGUAAAAGUUCGUAAAAAUUAGUUUCGAGGAAAACCUGUCCAAAAUUCCAAUUUGCCAAGUCUGAGGUACAAAAUUGUUGGAUUAUCAUGCAUCUCCACCGCCAUUUUGCCAUUUCAAUAUGAACUAUUUCUUGUAACCAAUCAUGACCUUUUCCUCUUGACUCAAGAGAGAGUUUUCUCUUGAUAUCUCAGAGUCAGAUUUUUCAAAAAAUUGCUCAAUUUUUAUUUCUGCUUCUGUGGACAGAAGUUUCUUUUCCCAUGGACGGUCAUGGUUGUAGAUCUUGACUGUGAUGGAAAGUUAUGUUUUAUUAUUUUUUUUUUCUUCCAGUGACCUUCCAUUAUGAAGCCAUUCUCCAAGAUGUUAAUAUUUAUUGUUGAUAUUUAAGUCCCCCCUUAUUUUUUAGUCACUUGAGACAUGUAUGCUCAAGGUAAUGUAUAAUACUCACUUCAAAUGUUUAGAUCUGCCAUAAUGAUGAAAUUCAAAAAUACUUCCAUGAAAUUUGUGUUUCGACCACAGCAAAAAUUAUCAAGUUCUUCAGAUUUUUUUUUUAAAUUGAAACGCCCAGAAUCAAAAGCGACAAUCUCCAUUUUGAUUACUAAAAUUUUUGCAAAUAUUGUAAUUUCUAAGGAAGAGUAAUCAAUAAGACUUCGUGUGUAAAAAACUUUCACAAUUUUCUUGCUCACAUGUAGAAAACUCAUGAGAAAGAACGCAAGUAGGAGCUCACCUGUUCUCUUUAUAAUAAAUUAAAGCGAUCGCCAAAUUUCUAGACAGCGCAAUGGAGAUUGUUGGUUUUGAUCCCAAGCACCUCAAUUGUGGUUAUCUUCUAAGUGAAAGUACCUCACCAAUUCUUGGCGAUUUAAUAGGUCUAUUUAAUUUAAUGAGACAGGUGAGCCACGCCAUUUUUGUUGAAACCCUUCAGAAAUAUUGAAACCCUUAACGGAACUUAGUAACAUAGUCAGUAAAUUUGAAAUCAGUCUUUCAUCUUCUAUUCUUAAUUGUUACGGUAUUUAAAGGUCACUGUUAAGAAUCAUUGUUCAUUCCUUUUUUCAAUUAAAUUAAAUUAUUUGGAAAUGAAAUAAGGUGGAAGGUACGUCGAGUAAAUUAUACUGAAUUUGUAAAUAGUAAAUUUUGCCACUCGCUUAAGUUUAGGUGAAGACUUGCAUUAACUCGUCAACAAUGACGUUCCAUCAAUGCCGGAAAAUCUCAUCAGAGGCUUUUUAAUUUUGAAUUUUGCAUAGGUUAAUUGAAUUUUUUAGUUUGUAAUUUUCUAAUUCUGCUGUUUUCAUGUUAUUUUUAAACCUAGUAAUUUUUUUAUUGAUUUUCUUGUUAAUAUUAUUUUAAAUGCCUGACAUUCUAUAAACUUGAGAGAAAAUGUUUAUUUGGAGCAUGAAAAGAUUAUGGAGGGGUGUACAUAUAAUAAUUACUUUUCUGCAGUAAUUUAAAGGUGUAAAUCAGCUUGGUCAUUAAAGGAAAAGUUAAAUUAUCCGGUACGAGAGUGCUGUUGAAUCAUAAAAACACAGGAAAGCAAAACGGCAGGUACCCCAUAUUAAUCUAUUUAGUAAUGGAUGAUGUUGAAAAGCCUAAAAUUACAUGCGCAGGUGUGAUUUUGGUGAAAUUUUAAUCGUUUCGCCACAGCCUGACGGUUUGAAAAUCUCACUGACUCAGCUAUUGGUUUUUAAUUGAAUUUCCUUGCUAACCUCAGUUCUUAAUAAAACUUGACUCCCUCUGUGGAUGUGUCUGUAGUUGUUGAUGAUCCGUUGAGAUAGAAAAUCUCGUUUUGACUGUAAGGCAAAUCUACAAGAAUGAAGGUUUAGUUUGUUCUUGGAUUUUCUUCCUUCUAAUCCAUAAGUUUUCUCUGUAAGUAUGACUUGCUCCCCAAGUAGAUGCUGUUAGCUCAAUUAUAUUUAUACUAUGUUUUUGAUAAAGGUCGACUCUACACGCGCCCCCUAAGAGUUUAAAACAUGUAGCCUUAGUGCUUCCAUUUACCUUUCCUCCUUUUCUCUUCUAUCAAUAGUGUUGCUGUGUUAUCGUAGAGAGCAAAAGGAGCUGAGUGCAAAAGUGAAGUUUUGAGGAAAUGAAUCUAGUAGCGUCAAAGCAGAAAAUUUUCUUGAAAGAAGCCUCUACUGAUCACUGAUGAUCCAAAAGACCCUCGGAAAUCAUUUGGAUGUUUGAAAAUCGAUAAAUCUAAUUUAAACUGAAUUAAAAGGGCCUUUUUUAUUUUCAUGUUGGGCAAGACGGUCAUAACUGCCAUCUUCUGCAUGCCUUAGUGGUUGUAUUUUGGACACACAGCCAACAAAUUUUAAAGUUACAAAUAGGCGGAAAAGGCACCAUUUUAUUUAAUAAGUACUGCUCUCUGGCAGAAUAAUGUUUCUUACUGCUGUCCCGCAAGAAGUAAAGUCAAUAUUUGUGCAUUUACUGUUGCAGUGGGCAAAGAGCCGCGAAACUAGAGGAGCAAACAAAGGAACGAAAGGAAUAAAGUACAUAACAUUUUAUCCAAACAAGAUUGCUUUCUCAUGUGUCCUGUUUUUAUAGAAAUUAGACGAAUUUUGCUGUUCCAGCUGAAUCAAUGGGUUCAUCUAAAUUAGAUUAGACGAAUUUUGAAGGAAACUUGCUUUCAAAAAUGUUUUCGUUGCUACUCUCUUCGAUAAUAUGGCACAGUGAUUAAAAGCUGUUCGUAACUACUGAAAUCUCUAAGUCAAUAUUCGGACCAAAAGUUUCAUCAACCACCUAUUACUACCCAUCAACAUAGAUGUUAUGUUUAAUCUAUUUAUUCUCUGAUUAGUACCUAGUCUAUGUUUGUUUAUUACACUACAUUUGAUUCGCCUUAAGAAUUCUUUAGAUCUGUUUUUUUAUUUAGUUUUACCAAAAACGUCUUCUAUUUUUAGGAAUUUAAAUUUGACCUUACGUUUAUUUAAGUUUUCCAAGGUUGUAGUUGUUAUCCAGUUAGUUUUUAAAUGGAAAAAAAUAGAGUAGAAGAGCUUAUUACUCAAGUAAAGUAAUCAGGAAUGAUUUCUGGUGAAAAACAGGCGCAGGGUGUCUGUAGGCGAAAAUUUCACGGAGAAGACAUAAUUUAUUUCCAUUAGUUUGAUUUUAUUCUAUCUUCUAAGCUUUCACAUCUUUCAGAGCUUUUUUAGAAAAUUAUCUAUAAUGUUGACAAGGAAAACUGAGACCUUCAAGUUUUAUUUUCAAAUCCACAGUAUAUUAAUGACUCUUUUUUACCUAAAUGUCAGUCAACUGUGGAUGGAUUAGUCAGUGAAUCAUAGAGGCGGAUCCAGAAAAAUGGCAUCAUUGGUUUCUCUCCAUUUUAACCUGUGUUGAACAAUCGCUUCUCGAUGGUCCCUCUGAGAAUGGAUUAAUUUCCCUAAGUUUAAGUGGGGAGGAAGCAGUGUUGCCAACUUGCUAGAUCCACUAAUGGUGAAUUAUAUCAUUUUGGUAAGAGUAAACCCGGGGAAGCGAGGAAAUUCUCUUCCCUGAGAAAUGUAGACACCCUGGUUAUAAUAUGUAUUUCUCAGCUGUGCUGAGUAACGUUGAGAUUUCUCAAAUUUUAAAACAGCAAAAUCUGGAUCCCCUGUCAAGAAUUCAAGAACGGCUCUUCUUUAUGAUUUACUUUGCUCAAGUUGUUUCUACAUUGUGAACCAGAUAUUAUCCCAGCAAUUAUCUUAAGUCAAUUCCAAGGCAACAAAAUCAAUUAUUUUUAGAGUUGAUCUAAGUGUUCCAGUUAAAACGGUGUGGAUUUAUCUCUGUAUUUUUUGUUGGUAGAGAGUAAUUGGAAAUUUUUGGUAAAAGUUUUCUGGAUAAAUGUUCUUAUUUUAUUGAACUAUUGUCUACUCAUAUUGUUGAUUUUCUCGUAUCCAUUGUCUUCUUGAGAUGAGUGUUGGAUCCUCUCUGAAUAUUUUCCGUAAUCUAAAAA